AGUCCGAUCUUUACACCUGUUUGUCGUACAAUUUUAGAAUGUAAGCCGGGAGUCAUUUGUAUGUUUAUGAAAAAACGAAAUCGUAUAAUUUGCUGUGCAUAUUUAGCAACUCGAAAUUCAUUAGUCUGAAAACCGCCAAAUUCAUGCGCUUCCAGAGCUAAAACCCCUAAAACACCAUUCAAUUUCGUUUGCAAAUAACGGUUAGGGAGUUCCAAUGGCGGGUGACGCAAAACCUUCAAAGAAAAUUCCAAAGGUAAUUCAACUCACAGACGAAAAAAAAAUGCCCGCGCCUGUUAAUCCAACUCCUCAGAAGGCCAUGCCAGGAAUUCAGAGUUUUAAGCUCAUAGGCUCCAUCAAAGAAAAGGGUUUCGCCGACGAAAGCAAAGCGAAAAUUACGUUUCCAGAGCCAAGAGUCACGCCAUUUCCCAAAGCUCGUCAUCGUUCAGAAGGCCCGCACUGGGCACCUAUUAACUCUGAACCAGAGGAGAUGGUUGAAGACACUAAGGAUGCAGAGGAUUCAGGUGUGGAAUCUCUUGCUGCUCAUGCACGUCCCCUAGAGAGGAAAAUGAAAAAAACUAUAGAUUUUAGUAAUUGGAAAGAAAAGCUUAAAAUGGAGAAGUGUCCAAGUAAGAAAUUGACUGAAAGUAAGAAAAUGGGUAAACCUACCAUGAUAACCUCUAUUGAUGAAGGGAAAGAACAAGAAAUUCCUCAAGCUCUGAAUGAAAUCAAGGAUGUGAAAGCUCUCUCUGCUCAACCGAGCUCAGAAUCUUCAGCAGUGAAAUUGACUGCUGAUAAGCAAAUGAAGGGAGAAUUAUCAGCAGGAAUUACAGGGGAACCAGGUGAGCUGGUUCAAAUCUCUAAAGAAGAAAAUGCCAUUGAAGAUACGGGCUUUUCAGCUUCUAUGCAGAGUGAUGAUACUAUUGCUAGAAAUAUCGAUAGUGUACAGAUUAAGGCAAAAUUUGACACAACAAAAGAAAUAAUUAAAGGUCAUGCGGAGAAGGCUUAUGCUUACAGGACCGAAAGGGAAGGCCUGAAGCCUCAGGUUGAUAUUGAAGAAAUAGAUGCAGGGAAUCGUGCAGCUUUACAAGCAAUGUCAGCAAAUGAGAUUGAAGAAGCACAGAAUGAAUUAAUUGGUAAGCUGCGCCCUGAAAUAGCAGAAAUGCUCAGAAAGCGUGGUGCAGAAAAAAUCAAAAAGGGCAAUAAAGGAGCAACCGAAUUGAGUAUGGAUAAGAAAUCUGGCACAGAAGAUGGGAAAAUAGACUUGAAUAACAACCAAAAUGAUGUUUUUAUCUCAGAAAAAUCACAUAAGAAAGAAGGCUUUUCAACAACAAAAAACAAAUCAAAUGAGUUUGGUAAGAGAUCCUCAGCUGAUUCAGUGAAUGAUGAGUGGAAGGCUUGGAGUGAUAGAGUUGAGUCUGUGAGGACCCUGAGGUUCUCUUUGGAUGGGAACAUUGUGUCAGUAGAAGAGACUGCAAUAGAGACCACAAGCUUUUCUCAAAAUGCAGGUAACAAUUCAGAUAUCUGUCAUUUUGGUGUGCAUAAUGUGGCAGAGAGGGAUAUCUUACGGACAGAAGGUGAUCCUGCCAGUGCAGGCUACACAAUUAAGGAAGCAAUAUCACUUGUUCGAAGCACGGUCCCAGGGCAGAGGGCUAUUGCACUGAACUUAAUUGCUGCUGUGCUUGACAAAGCUCUGGUUAACCUACAUGUAAAUGAAGGGGACAGUAUUGCUAGGUUGGAAAUGUCUGCUAGGAACAAAUCAGUUGAUUGGCAAGCUGUUUGGGCAUAUGCAAUUGGUCCAGAGCCAGAACUUAUCUUGACACUAAGGAUGGCACUAGAUGAUUCCCACAGCACUGUAGUUGUUGCAUGUGCAAAAGUGUUACAGCGCUUGCUAAGCUACUCAGAAAAUGAGAGCUAUUUUAACCUGCUUGAGAUGUCUUGGCCAGGUGAGAAAUCAACCUUUGUUGCUCCUAUAUUUAGGAAGCAAUCAAAACUGCAGGAUGGUUUUCUUGGAGGUGGAUUUUGGAAGUACAGUGCAAAACCUUCAAAUAUGUUUCCCUUCUCAAAUAAAAAUGAUGAGGAGGAUGUUGUGGAAGAAGCUACAAUUGGAGAUGACACUAGUGUUGCUGGUCAAGAUGUUGCAGCAGGCUUGAUAAGAAUGGGAGUACUGCCUAGGAUCCGUUAUAUUUUGGAGGUGGAUCAGCUAGCUGCAGCAGAAGAAUCUUUACUAUCUGUUGUCAUUUCUCUUGCAAGACAUUCCCCCCCUGCAGUUGGUGCUGUCACGAAAUGUCCAAGGCUUAUUGAUACCAUAAUUCAACGUUAUAUAAAUCAACAAGCAGACAUAAGGGUUGAUCUUAUUCAAGUAAAAGCAGUACAUUUUCUUAAGGUAUUAUGUGAAGCGAAUAAGUCAAAUUGUAUAGAUCUUAUAGCAUCUGGAGUUUUUCAAUCUGCUGUAAGGCAUUUGUUUUUCCAUCAUAAUCUUGAUGAUUGGUUAAUUAUGGGUGAAGAAUCUUUCAGAUCUACUUGUGCUAUACUAGUUGAGGAACUUCGCCUGUGGAACGUGUGCAUCAAGUAUGGACUAUGUGUUUCAUGUUUUUCUGAUUUUUAUCCAGCACUCUGCUUUUGGCUAAGCCCCCCAUCAUUCAAUAUAAUUAUAGAGAAAAACAUAGUCAGUGAAUUUCUAAGUUUGGCAAGGGAAUCAUUUAUUGUUUUAGAGGCCCUGUCAAGGACUCUACCAAAUCUCCAUUCUUUUGAGCAUGGAGAAGAUAGAGCUGAUGUCACAGCCUAUGAAAAUUGGUCCUGGAGUCGAGCAGUUCCAAUGGUUGAGGUUGCUCUUAAAUGGUUGAAUUUCAGAGAAAAUACCUUUCUUUCCACAGUAUGCAAGUCAGAUAAAUAUGUCAUGAAAUCUGCUGAGCAUGAUUCUUACAGAAUAGGCUCACUUGGGGUGAUUUCAGCUGUGCUGCAUCUGCUUUCAUGUAUUAUAGAAAAGAUUGUACCAGCAGAAGGUGCAUGUCAUCAUUCAAGUUACAAAGAAGAGCCUUCUCACAAAUGGCUACCUGUGUUUUUUCCACAAGUUUGUCUGGAAAUAAUUAAAAGUGGGUUGCUGUAUUUCCCAGAAAUUAAAUUAGAGCAAACUAUACCAUCUAAAAUGGAAGUUCCUUCUCUACUCAAAUACUUGUGCCAUCUAAGAGAAGAAACUGACCAUGAUACAUCAUUGUUGGCUGUGAGUUGCAUUCAUGGUCUAAUUCGACUUAUUACUUCAGUUGACAAAGCCAUAAACAUUGCACAAAUUGAGGAUCCUGGCAGCAAAUGCAUGGAUAAGGAUAUAUCUAAGUGUCAUAAAAUACUUAAAUUGGGUAUAGCACUAUCAUGUCAAGAUGAGCUGAAAUAUACAUUGAAUAUGUUUAUGGAUCUUGUGACCUCGGAGUGGCAUUACAUCCAAUGCAGUGAAGUACAAGGUAGAGGAGGUCCUGCUCCUGGUAUAGGAAUAGGAUGGGGUGCUACCAAUGGAGGAUGGUGGUCAAGAAAAGCUCUUGUAGCUCAAGCAGAUGCUAGAUUAACUGUUAGCUUACUUGAUUUAUUCCCAAGUACUCUGUCAGAAUGUGUACAGAGUGAGAGGACUGUUAAAAAAAUUAAUGCUGUUUUAGGCAUUGUACUGAUUACAGGGCCCAAAGAUAUGCUUUAUAUGGAGAAAACAUUGAAUAUAUUACUUAGUGUUCCAGUUAUGGAGUUUCUUAGUACUUUUGUAAAUAAAGUAUUAAAGGAAAAAACAAUUAAAAAUACAAGUGCAAAUGUCACAGAGUUUUGCAAAACAGAUUUUGAAACCUUUAGCAAAGUGUUACUUGUACAUUUUAGAAAUCAAUGGUUAAUGACAAAGAGAAAAAAAUCAAGCAGAGAGACACAAAUAGAACCUAAAACAUCUACUGGCAUUAGAAAUUCACAUAAAAAAUCUCUUCUUGGUACAAUAUGCGAAGAAAGUGCAGAACUGGGAAGCAUCACUUCAAAUGAAAACAUGUCUUUGGGAAUAGAAUGGGCCCACCAGAGAUUGCCAGUUCCAGUGCAGUGGCUAUUGAGUCCAUUAUCAAUGACUAUUGACAACUCUGAUGAUGCACUCCUUGAUGAUAUUAUAGCAAAAGAAAAAGUCUUUAACAACGUCAGAAGUGGACUUUUCUUUCUUAUUGGCUUGGAAGCUAUGUACUCUUGCAAUAGAUUGAUGUUCUCUUUGGUUUCAUGCAUACCUUUGGUUAGAAAAAUACAUGCAUUAUCAAUGGUGUUCAUUCUUGGCGGGGAUGUGUUCUUAGAAGCUUCAGUUAAUGAUUUACUUGCAACAUUGCAACAGUUGUAUGGUGAAGCUCUUGAUGAAGAUGGUGGAACAAAUAACAUGAAAGAGGUUCAGCAGAGCACAAAAGAAAGGCUACUAAUUGACAAGGAGUACACACAUCAUAUGGUAGAUCAAAAGGAUUCAGGAAGAUCUAUAGAAAGUGUUACUUCUUAUUCUCUCAACUUUCAAAGGGACAUUGAUGAUAGCUAUCAAACAUUUAUGGAAACAUUCAUUGAACAUUUUGGUGCCACAUCUUAUGGUGAUGUGGUAUUUGGGCGUCAGGUGGCCAUAUACUUACGCAGGGAUGUUGAAUCUACAAUUAGGCUUACAACAUGGAAUGCAUUAGCCAGUGGUAAUAUUUUAGAGCUCUUACCUACACUGGAGGAUUGCUGUGGUCAUCCCAAAGGAUAUCUCUCUCCUCCUGAGGAGCAUGAGAAGAUAAUUGAAGCAUAUGUGUUUUCAUGGGUUUCUGGUAAUCUUGAUAAAGCUGCAGCUCGUAUGGCCGUUACAUUCUCUUUGGCUUUGCAUCAUAUUGCAGCUUUUAUUUUCUCAGAAAUUAAUAAAGAUGAAAAGCUAUUAUUAAGGAAAAAGCUAGCCAGAAGUCUCAUACUUGGUUCUUCUCGAAAGCCACACCAUCAGGCAAGAUUGCUGCAUUUGAUUCAGUAUGAUUUCUCCAAUCAUUUCCAAGAAUAUGGUAAUCUUAAAAAUGAGUCAUCUGUGAGCAUGGAGGAGACAACAAGGAGGUCCAAACUGCUGUCAGAAGCAUGUGAAGGAGAUCCAUUGCUUUUGGCUGAAGUACAAAAAUUACAAGCAGCUGCACUAGCAAAAUGAAUGUGAACCCUUGGGAUGUAACUUUUGCGAAUGACAUCACAGCUUUGUGAAAUUUAUCUUUAUGAGAUCUAUUUUGGCAAAUUUAUGGGAAUAUAGAGUUCAAAAUGCGAGACAUCCUACAAAUGGAAAAUGCUCUAACAGCA